AUGGCAUUGGAGAGGGCUACGACUUCAACUUGGAAAGCAUUUGUCACACUAGUCACAGAAUAUGCCAAAUCGAAAAAAAAAUCUCCCCUUCAUCUUCCUCCUCUAGUCAACUGUUGGCCUAGCCACCAAGCUCCCCGCCCCGGCCCCGGCCACGCCACCCCCCCCGCCCUCGCCUCGCCCCGCCUCGGCCCGGCCGCGCCGCACCCGGCCGCCCUCGCCCCGCCCCGCUCCCGGACCUUGCUUGCGGCCGUGCUCGCUCGGCCAGCCUCGCUCGCUCCGGCCAUGCUCGCGCCGGCCACGGCGCGCUCGCCCAGCCCCGCCCCGGCCCCGGUUGUAGCUCGCCCCGCCCGGCUGCAGCUCGCCGGAAUUUAG